AUGCCAAGAUACGCGAAGUUUAUGAAAGACCUUGUCACGAAGAAAUGGAAGGUAAGCCAUGAGCUGGAGAACAAUCUCCAUCAUUGUGACGUUAUCUCCACAUGGUCUUUAGUGCAGAAAAAGGUAGACCCGAGAGUAUUUACUAUCCCGUGUACUAUUGGGUCCCUGAAUUUUACAAAAGCGCUAUGCGAUUUAGGAGCCAGUGUAAAUCUAAUGCCAUUUGUUGUGUACAAGAAACUAGGUUUGGGGGAUCCUACCCUGACAAACAUGCAAUUGGUAGUGGUGGAUAGGUCUGUAAAGCAGCCAGUGGGCAUAUUAUAUGAUGUAUUGGUAAAGGUGGCUGACUUUAUAUUUCCUGUUGAUUUUAUAGUCCUAGACUAUGAGGUGGACUUUGAAGUGCCCAUCAUCCGGGUAGACCAUUCUUUGCAAUUGGGAGAGUGA